GUUGAGAUAAUGUGUAAUUUCUUCUUGUGAAUCUGUUGAGCACCUGAUGGUUUUGGACGGCUUGGCUUUCUCGUUAUAAGCCGGUUUGACUGAAACACGGAUGACAGGGCAUUACUGUAAAGAUGGCACAGCUGAUGCACAUUGACUAACGGUGUGGCGGAUCUUAUAUAACAGAGAGGGAAUGUUUGUAAAAGUUAACGGCAGUGUUUCCAUGGUGACGCAGACCGGCUCCGGUUGGCGGAGCGCAGCUGCGCGUCAUUGCGCUGUAGAAUAAGCGAUCCUUCUCGCUGCUCUUCUGAAGAUGAUGGUGAGCAGGAGGCAUGUUUAUGCGUGUCUUUUCUUACAAGUCUCGGAGCUGUAUCUCAAACCCCAGCGAGCUGCCUAGCAACACAGCCUCCCCGGGCAUCACAGGUGCGCGCACGCACGCACGCAGCGGCGCGCUGGGCUUUGAGACGCAGCCGGAGUGUCGUGUUUUAUAGACAUCUGUGCGGCUGGAUGCAUUGAUAACUGUGCUGAUCGCAGGUCUGACAGCAGCUCUGCAGCAUGACCUUGGACGUGCAAACGGUGGCUGUGUUCACUGUGAUCGCCAUUCUGCUGCUGGUCAACGUGAUUCUGAUCUGCUUCAUGGGCUCCAGCUGAAGGCUCCUCAGCAUGACAUCUGUGACUGGAAACAUCUGAGGCUGCUCGUAUCUGUGAUUCUGCUCGUUACUGUGGCCGAGAUGCUGAUCAGCGGCGGUUCGGUGGUCAGCGCGGAGGCUGUAUGGGAUCACGUGACCAUGGCCGAGAGGGAGCUGGCCUUCAAGGCUGGAGACGUCAUCAAGGUCCUGGACACCUCCAAUAAAGACUGGUGGUGGGGUCAGAUGGAUGACGAGGAGGGCUGGUUCCCCGCCAGCUUCGUGAGGGUCGAUCCCCACCCUCCUCAACCUUACACAAAACCAGUUUUCUAUAUCAACCCUAUAGCAACUCCAAGGUUCCAUAACACAACAGCAAAGCUGUGGGUUAACCAGGAAAAUGCAGCCACAGAAUCAGCUGAGGGUGGCGGCGAGGUACAGAACGGACACAGCGACUCCAGCAACGGCUGUCUGUGCAUCGGCCAAGCGCUGCAGAACCGAGACCAGAUGAGGGCCAACGUCAUCAACGAGAUCAUGAGCACUGAGCGCCACUACAUCAAGCACCUGAAGGACAUCUGUGAGGGAUACUUGAGGCAGUGUCGAAAGAGGAUCGACAUGUUCAGUGACGACCAGUUGAAAGUCAUUUUUGGAAACAUCGAGGAUAUCUACAGAUUUCAAAUGGGAUUUGUGCGGGACUUGGAGAAACAGUACAACAUCGAGGAGCCCCAUCUUAGUGAAAUCGGACCGUGUUUUCUGGAACAUCAAGACGGUUUCUGGAUCUAUUCAGAGUACUGUAACAACCACUUGGAUGCCUGCAUGGAGCUGUCCAAGCUGAUGAAGGACGGCCGCUAUCAGCACUUCUUCGAAGCCUGUCGCCUGCUCCAGCAGAUGAUCGACAUCGCCAUCGACGGCUUCCUCCUCACCCCUGUGCAGAAGAUCUGCAAGUACCCUCUACAGCUGGCCGAGUUACUGAAGUACACAGCACAGGACCACAGUGAUUACCGUUAUGUGGCAGCAGCGCUCGCUGUCAUGAGGAACGUCACGCAGCAGAUCAACGAGCGCAAGAGAAGACUGGAGAACAUUGACAGGAUGGCUCAGUGGCAGGCCUCGGUGCUGGACUGGGAGGGUGAUGAUAUUCUGGACAGAAGUUCAGAGCUGAUCUACACGGGCGAGAUGUCGUGGAUCUAUCAGCCGUACGGCCGGAGUCAGCAGAGAGUCUUCUUCCUCUUCGAUCAUCAGCUCGUCCUCUGCAAAAAGGACCUGAUCCGCCGGGACGUUCUGUACUAUAAAGGGCGCAUUGACAUGGAUCGCUAUACAGUGAGAGACGCCAUCGAUGGACGGGACGACGACUUUAAUGUCAGCGUGAAAAACGCGUUCAAGCUGCACAACAGAGACAGCGAGGAGAUCCACGUCUUCCUGGCCAAGAAGCCGGAGGAGAAGAUCCGCUGGCUGAGGGCCUUUCACGAGGAGCGCAGGAUGGUCCAGGAGGAUGAGAAAAUGGGUUUUGAGAUUUCUGAAUAUCAGAAACGCCAGGCUGCCCUGACGGUGCGUAAAGUGGCCAAACAGAAAGGUGAGGCGGCCAGGCGAUAGCAGGUGAAUUCAACAUCUUUCUCUUUCAACUCCUGUCUGCUCAC